GAGGCGGUGGUGAACCAUCAGAGUCUCAUCAUGAAAGUCCGUCACACUUUGAUCGUCUUCUUCUUCCUCUCAGAUCUGCAGGAUGGAAACAACGGUCUGGUCAAAGCCCAAGUCUAUACAGGAGCUGAAGGAGGAGAUGUCAGAGUUAAAUGUCCGUCUUCUUUGCUUGGAAGCAGGAAGAUCUUCUGUAAGGAACCGUGUGAACCAGAAGACAUUCUCAUUAAAACAACCAAUGUCAGAGCUCAGAAAGGCAGAUACAGCAUUGAAUGGAUGAGUGAAAGAACAAAAGUUGAUGUGACCAUCAAACAGCUGACCAAGUCUGACUCAGGACUGUACAGGUGUGUUUCUGGAUCUUCAUCACAUCAGAUUGAAGUCAUCGUUGUAGAUGCUCUGCUGGAUGAAGAUUCUUCUGAAGAAAAAACCCUCUAUUCAAGAACUGGAGGAAAUGUCUUAGUUGAAUGUUUCUUUACUACCUCUGGAUCCAGAACAUACUUCUGUAAGGGAGAAUGUAAAGAUGAAGACAUUCUUGUUGAAACAACUAAUCUCACAGCUCAGAGAGACAGAUACAGCAUCAGAUAUGUACCAGGAGAUCCAUCAGGAGUAUUUCUGUAUGUGGGCAUCACACAGCUGACCAUGUCUGACUCAGGACGGUACCGGUGUGUUCUGGAAAUUCCUUUGUCUGGAGAAUUUUACCGUGGGUUUGAGAUCAUUGUCACAGAUGCUCCGCCCACUUCUAAACCAAACCAAGAUAUUUCAUCAUCAGUCCCAUCAGCCUCCACAGCAACAACGACUCAGAGUUUUAACUCCACUUCAGGAAGUUCUGGACCAACAACUUCAGAUGUGCUGCUGUAUGUGGGUCUGGCUCUGGUCGUCAUGGUGAUGUUAUCACUGUCUGUGCUGUUGUUCUGCAGGAAGCGGACUUCUAAACACAAAGAACCUCCUGUGGAAACACAGUAUGCUGAUGUAACAGAGACCAACCGAGUGUACGAGGACAUCAGAGAGGACGGACAGAGCCGCUCUCCUCCUGUGGAAAUGUCUUCAGUUUACUCUUACGCCAAAUAUACCGAACCAAACGGAGCUGAAAUCAACGACGACUACAGCCUCAUCACUGCAGCUAAUUCACAAAAUACAGCUGAAGACGUCUCCAGUGGACUCACCUACUCUGAGGGGAAUUUUUCAAAGCAGUCCGUUGGCUCGUCCAGCAGCUCCGUCCGUGGUGACGAUAAUGUCGUCUACUCGGUUCCUCGGGUAGAAACGCUCCACGAGGAAGAUGAUCCGUACUCUACUGUUAAUGCAGAGCUGCAGGGAUGACGUAUUAUUGUAGUCCAGCUGGAAGUUAGCAUCUCUGGAUCCCCUCCACAAAAAGCCAAUGGGAUUCUUCUAUUAGAGUUUGGAUUAAAGCAGAAAAUAAACUCUGUGGCAGACAAACGUUUAUGAUACUUUUUAUUUUUAUUUUUUUAUUACAGUCAUUUAGCAGAAGCUUUUCUCCAAAGCGACUUACAGUCAGUAGUAUGUUACAUAUCAUUCACCCAUUCACACACUGAUGACAGGCUACCAUCAAGGUGCCACCAUCAGACUCUAACUAACAUUCAUCAUCCAGUCCACACCGAUGGCAAGCCUUCAGGAUCCUUAAACAGCACUCAUUCAGAGAAAUAUUAAAUAUUAACAAGUUUUUAAAAUGCUUUAACUGGAAUGGAGACAGUUCUAUAAGCUUACAUUUAUUGAGUCUGCAUUAUUUAUAUCAGUAUUUUACAGUAUUUCUGCUCUAAUGCUGGUUAAAUAUUGUAUUUGGUUUGUUACAAAUGUGAAAUAAAAAUCUAUUAUUGAUAAGCAUGAGAUCAAAGGCCUGUAAAACUUCAGUCCCUGAUCUUUUAAUCCUUUAUCCUUUCAGUAUUUGUCAAUAUGAAAUAUUGUGUAGAAAUAGGUUUUAGUGUUAAGAGUCCUUCAGACAUGAACAUAGUAUCUUUGCAGUUAAGAAAGUUUGGUAAAAUAACCACCAGAAUAGAAGUAAAUCAAUAUUUGUAAUAAAAUAAAUUUGACAUGAACCAAACCGUCUAUUUACACAUCUUUUAUCUUUUACAAAAUGUUUAAUAGGAAUGUCCAGCCACUAAUCUUGUAUUGAAUAUUAAACUGUCAUGUAUUUAACGGCACUUUAAACAGCAGCUGUUGAGAAUGUAGUUUGCAGAUAAAACAACUCUUUUCUUACAAGUUAACUCAUCCUUCGUCUCUGUUUUCUGAUUUCUCUGGAUCACAAUGAGUCAUUAACUCAAGUUGCAACGACAUCUAGAACCCAAAACAACACAAUUAAUAUGAACACAGAUUGUCUUCAUGACUGUAAAGAGGCUGACCUGCAGCUCA